AUGCAUACAAAGACUAAUACCUUACACUAUGUAAACCUAUCUAUCUCAUUCUGCCCAUAUCUAUCUAUUUAUCGAUCUCAUUCUACCCAUAUCUAUCUAUUUAUCGAUCUCAUUCUGCCCAUAUCUAUUUAUCGAUCUUAUUCUUCCCAUAUCUAUUUAUCUAUCAAUCUCCUUCUGCCCCUAUGUAUCUAUCUGUAUUUAUUUCAUUCUGCCUAUAUUUAUCUAUCUAUCUAUCUCAUUAUGUCAAUAUCUAUCUCGUUCUGUCCAUAUUUAUCUAUUUAUCUAUUUCAUUCUGCUCUUAUCUGUGUAUUUAUUUCAUUCUGCCUAUAUCUAUCUAUUUAUCAAUCUCAUUCUUCCCAUAUCUAUCUAUCUAUCUAUCUAUCUAUCUAUCUAUCUAUCUUCUUCUGUCUCUAUGUAUAUAUUUAUCUAUCUCCUUCUGCCCCUAUGUAUCUUUUUAUCUAUAUAUCUAUCUCAUUAUGCCAAUAUCUAUCUCGUUCUGCCCAUAUUUAUCUAUUUAUCUAUUUCAUUCUGCCCAUAUCUAUUUAUCUAUCUCAUUCUGCCAAUAUCUAUGUCAUUCUGCUUAUAUCUAUGUCAUUCUGCUCAUAUCUAUCUAUCUAUCUAUCUAUGUUAGUCGGUCUUAGUUUAUUCAUUAUCUAUCUAUCUAUCUAUCUAUCUAUCUAUCUAUCUAUCUAUCUAUCUCAUUCUGCCCAUAUCCAUAAUACCAUAACAUUAAACAAGAGUCUUUAUUCAAUGAUAUAA